AUAGUAAAGACUAUGAAUGAUUAUGCAGAGGGAGGGAUUAUUUUAAUAUUUGGGGAGGGACUGAAGAAGAAGCUUCAUCAUAGUUGGAUUAUUGGAGUCAAGUCAAAAUUAUCACUGUUUCACAUCAUGCCUUCCUUUUUCCUUCUCAAAUUCACUUCCGGCACCGGUUCGACGGUUUCAUAAACCACCGAUAACCGCCGCCGGCGUUCACGCGCCUCGAUUUUAACAAGUUCCGGGGGCUCGCUCCUGCACUGAAUCCAAGCCUCGAAGUUCUACGGCCGGGCAUCAUCUUUGGCUUGGCUAGAUUUAUGUGUUUUGUGAGAAUUCAAUAUGUUUGAUUAUGGUCCUAAGUCGCAGUACUUGGGUGGGCAGCGAGAGAAGUUUGUAAGGCUUGAUGACUUGGAUUCCAGGCUUUCCUCACCGGCAUCAUCAGUAACAGCAAGCAAAUGCAGCUUUGGCGUCGAGGGUUUAAAACGUGUGGGACCUACAACAAGGGGAACAUCAAAUUCUUUCAAGAAAGGAAUGAGAAAAAGCUCUGAAGGACUUAAGUCAAUUGGCCGGUCUCUGGGCUUUGGUGUAUCUCGGGCUGUUUUUCCGGAAGAUCUUAAAUCCUUUGAGAAGAAGAUAUUUGAUCCUCAAGAUAAAUUCCUUCUGUUGUGGAAUAGGAUAUUUGUCAUAUCAUGCAUUCUUGGCAUCUCUGUGGACCCUCUGUUCUUCUACCUUCCAGUUUUCGAUGAUAAAUCACAUUGUCUUGGGAUAGACAGAAAGUUGGCUACAAUAGCCACAACAUUGAGAACAGUAAUUGAUGCUUUCUAUCUCUUGCAUAUGGCAGUUCAGUUUCGCACGGCUUAUAUUGCCCCUUCAUCUCGGGUUUUUGGUCGGGAUGAGCUUGUGAUUGAUUCGAAACAAAUUGCUAAACGUUACUUGCGCUCCUAUUUUAUCGUUGAUUUUCUUGCAGUGUUCCCAUUGCCUCAGAUUGUGGUCUGGAAAUUUCUGCAGAGAUCAAAAGGUUCAGAUGUUCUAGCAACAAAACAAGCAUUGCUUUAUAUUAUUUUGUUCCAGUAUCUUCCUAGAUGUGUUCGGCUUUUACCCUUAACUUCAGAACUAAAAAGAACAGCUGGUGUCUUUGCUGAAACUGCAUGGGCUGGUGCUGUCAGCUACUUGCUGUUGUACAUGCUUGCUAGUCAUGUAGUUGGGGCAUUAUGGUACUUGUUAUCUGUGGAGCGUUUCGACACUUGCUGGCAAAGAGCUUGUCAUGGAAAUGGAACGUGCAAUACUAACUUCUUGUAUUGUGGCAAUCAGUUCAUGAAUGGAUAUUCUGCUUGGAGUAACAUCAGCAGUGAAGUUCUAAAUGCAUCAUGCACCGUAGCUGGUGAUAACCCGCCAUUUGAUUUUGGAAUCUUUAAUAAUGCCUUGUCAUCUGGCAUAGUGUUCUCUAUGAAGUUCUUAUCUAAAUACUGUUACUGCUUGUGGUGGGGACUGCAGAAUUUGAGUACACUUGGUCAGGGCCUUCAAACUAGCACAUAUCCGGGAGAGUCGAUAUUCUCAAUUGCCCUUGCCAUAUUUGGGUUGAUUCUCUUUGCACUACUUAUUGGUAACAUGCAGACAUAUCUCCAGUCUCUAACCAUUCGACUUGAAGAGAUGAGAGUGAAAAGGCGGGACUCAGAGCAAUGGAUGCAUCACCGCUUACUUCCCCAAGAACUGAGGGAGAGAGUUAGACGCUAUGAUCAGUACAAGUGGCUGGAAACCCGUGGAGUGGAUGAAGAGGCCAUUGUUCAAAGUUUACCAAAGGAUCUCAGAAGGGAGAUCAAACGCCAUCUCUGUUUGGCGUUAGUGAAGAGGGUUCCUCUAUUUGAGAACAUGGAAGAGAGAUUGCUCGAUGCCAUCUGUGAGCGCCUAAAACCAUCUCUCUACAUCGAGAACACGUACAUCGUGAGAGAAGGCGACCCGGUGGACGAGAUGCUCUUCAUCAUACGCGGCCACCUCGAGAGCGUGACGACGGACGGCGGGAGGAGCGGGUUCUUCAACCGGAGCCUCCUAAAGGAGGGCGACUUUUGCGGCGAGGAGCUCCUCACGUGGGCCCUCGACCCCAAAUCCGGCAUCAACCUGCCCUCGUCGACCCGGACGGUCAAGGCCCUGACAGAGGUGGAGGCCUUUGCGCUGGCGGCAGAUGAGCUGAAGUUCGUCGCCGGCCAGUUCCGCCGCCUUCACAGCCGCCAAGUCCAACACACGUUCCGGUUCUACUCGCAGCAGUGGAGGACUUGGGCGGCCUGCUUCAUCCAGGCGGCGUGGAGGCGGUACAUGAAGAGGAAAGUUAUGGAGAUCCAGAGGAAGGAAGAAGAAGAAGAAGCCGAGCGGGAGUUGUUGGCGAGUAGGGCGGGAAGCCAUGGCCACGGGAGUUACAGCAUCGGGGCAGCGUUUUUGGCUUCCAAGUUUGCCGCCAACGCGCUCCGGGGCGUUCACCGGAAUCGGAACCUUAAGGGCGGUGCAAGGGAGUUGGUUAAGCUGCAGAAGCCGCCGGAGCCCGACUUUAGUGCAGAGGAUGCUGAUUGAGAUUAUUUAACUUGUAUUGCAUGUAGAUAUAUAUAUACACAUAAUACAUGUAUACAUAUUUUGUUUUCCCUUGAAUGAAUCAAACUGAUCUUGUGUGUUUGCGAAAGAAAAAUUAUUUAAUUACUAUCUGUCUAAUUAUUUAAAAAUUGUUUGCGAAAGAAAAACUCUUGUGCGAU